AAAAGGCCACCGAAAGGGAAGGGAUUGCCGGCUUUGGCUCAGCCCCUCUUGCGCGCCUCUCGCGUUGCGAUGGAUGUUUUUCAGUUGCAGUGGAAGCUCUUCAAGCGGAGCCUGGGAGGGCGGCCUGCCUGCCUUUGCUGACCCGGUGGGGCGGAGGAUGUGACAUCGCAGGCAGCAAAGAAAAAACAUUGAUUAAACAUAGAGUUCCUUGUCACACUAACAAUCAACCUUCCCGUGAAGGAAUGAGGUUUUAUCAUACCUGCAAGCUACCUGGAAGAAUUAUGGGGAUUCGGCUGCUUCACUUUUCCUCUGUAGUGAUCCUUUUGCUGCUUCUGGUGGCAGGCGCCUUAACUGCUUUGCUGCCAAACAUUAAGGAAGAUAAAAUGCUUACUUUGCGAAGGGAAAGAAAAUCCCAGAGUCAGCCUGCUUCAGACUCAUUUACUCUCAUUAUGCAGACAUACAACAGAACCGAUUUGCUCUUGAAGCUUUUGAAUCAUUAUCAAGCAGUUCCUCAUUUGCACAAAGUGAUUGUCAUAUGGAACAACGUUGGGGAGAAAACGCCCGAGGAAACCUGGAACUCCCUGGGACCUCAUCCUAUCCCAGUUAUCUUCAAAGUGCAAACCGUGAAUCGCAUGAGGAACAGACUGCAGGUUUUCCCUGAGCUAGAAACAAAAGCUGUUUUGAUGAUGGAUGAUGAUACCCUUGUUAGUGCCUAUGACCUAGUUUUCGCUUUCUCCAUUUGGCAGCAAUUUCCAGAUCAAAUAGUGGGAUUUGUUCCUAGGAAGCAUGUGCCUACUCCUUCAGGGAUAUACAGCUAUGGGAGCUUUGAACUGCAGGGUCCUGGCAUUGGAAACGGGGAUCAAUAUUCAAUGAUUCUGAUUGGAGCAGCUUUCUUCAACAAUGAAUACCUAGAACUCUUUCAAAAACAGCCUGAAGCUGUGCAUGCCAUGAUAGAUGACACUCAAAAUUGUGAUGAUAUUGCCAUGAACUUCCUGGUGUCAAAACAUACUGGGAGGCCCUCAGGUGUGUUUGUAAAGCCAGUCGAUAUCAGGAAUUUAGAAAAAGAGAGUAACACCGGCUACUCCGGAAUGUGGCAUCGACCCGAACACUUGCUCCAAAGGUCUUUCUGCCUAAAUAAAUUAGUUAAUAUCUAUGGCAACAUGCCCUUAAAAUACUCAAACAUAAUGAUUUCCCAGUUUGGCUUCCCAAACUAUGCAAAUCACAAGAAUAAAAUAUAGGAAUUCCCUGCAAGACAAUGCUUCGACCUGUUUCCCAGCAAUCAAAAAGGCACACAAACAAGAGAAGGGAAUACAUAAGGGUUUUGUCAGUAGUGCAUUAUUUGGAGCUUGCUUCUGCAAAAGCUCUUUGGAAAUGGGGAAAGUGGUUCAUCUCUGUGCUCCGUAUGCAAACGCUUCUUCAGUUGGCUUUCUCAUUCCUCCCCAUUUCAAUCAAACUAACAUAUUUGCAUGAAAACAAAAUGUUCCCAAAAUGCAGGUACAUUCACAUGGUCAGUGUUGCUAAUACAUCUCCUGCAAAAAUGGUGUAUGCCAACAAAUACGGUAUGUUUUAUUACCAGCCCACCGGUCAGUGUGUAUUGAUGUAAGUCACUUGUGAUGUGAAAGAAGAACCGCUUUUAAAAUAACAUUUUCCCUAGCUGUUGAUACACAACACUGACAAUUCAGCCAACUGCAAGCUUGCUCAUGACACUCCACUCACAAAGAGCAUGUUUUGCCAAUAUCACUUUUUAAUCUCACCCUUGAAAAUAGGAAAGAAAGGAUCUUCUUGGGAGUACUUAGGAGCUUUAGCUAUAUACACAGUGAAUUCAUUUCUCCCUGCAACAAAUUGCAAAAACAAACAAAUCGUACAGAUGUUCUAAAGCAAAUGCACAUAGCUUUGGGUAUCUGCACACAUAAAGAAUUUGCCUUUUGCUUCCUUGCAUAUAUUUAUUUUAACAGCAGUUGUUUGCAUUUUGAAAAUAUUACUGUACUGCUCAGGCCAAGGACUACAGUGAAUUGUUUGCUUUGCAAUUCUGGCAUAAUUAUGAGACAUUUCCAGUUUUGUACUGCUUGUACUUUCACUGAUGGUUCCCCAUUAAGAAAUACUUCUGUGUUUCCAAAAUUAGAUAACAUUUUUAACAUCUGUGCUUCUAGAGGAGACUAUGGAAGAAGGUUGCUUUGAAAAACCUAAAACAAAAAUAGGGAGGCUCAGGCCUUCCAGGCGUUCUGAAUGUUGACUUACAUCAAGUCCUAGCCAAUAAUCAUGCAGGAUGGGAGUUAUAGUUCAGCAACAUCUAAAAGUUUCCCCAUCCAUGUCAUGCAGCAAGGGGGUUAGUAAUAUGCUGUCUUUGAGCUAUCUGCACCCGACACCUGCUUCCUGAAUUAACUUAAUAAAACACGAAGAAUCACUCAUCGAAUUGUACCUUUCCUUUGGAUAGAGCAGUGGUUCCCAACAUUUGUCCUCCAAGUGUUCUGGACUUCAACUCCCAGAAAUCCUAGCCAUCUUACCAGAUGUUAGGGAUUAUGGGAGCUGAAGUCCAAAAUACCUGGAGACCCAAAAGUUGGGAACCACUGGGAUAGAGCAUAUACCGUAGUCUGUGUACUCCUGGAUUUUUUUUUAAAGUUAUGACAUUUUUUAUAAAAAGAGCUCAGUUUUGAUAGGAGAAAGUGCUAUGUAUUAUAGUAGAUCUUGGGAGUAGAAAACUGCCCCCUUCAAAAAUUACCCAGUCCUGUCCAAAGCAAGACAUGGAGAAUGCGGCACAAUAUAGACAACAAAAGUUUAUUGUGCUCUGAGCCUCUUUCUUCUCCGUAGUCUUCAUUAUGUGCAUUCAAGGACUACAGUCAGGUACCCAGUUACAUGCAUUACACUGGAGCUUGGGUCUGGGAUCUAAGAGCCCAAAUUCUGCUUGACUUAGAAAAUAUUCAAUGCAGAUUUGCACAACAUAUAUCUAACCAGCAAAACUGGGCAAAUCUGCCAGGCAAGCUGCACAAAUUGGGACUUUUUAUCAAAUUUCUGGCAGGCAAAAAUUAACCUGGUGUCCAACUGCACUUCUUCAUUUAAUAUCACAAGUGUGCAUUUGUUUAACAGCAUGUAGAUAUCUGAAACCGGUGGCUGUUUGCUGCCUUCAGAAGAAAUAAAUAUUACUUAACGCUUGGUUCUGAAACUGGAGCUAUCUUACUCUGUGUCUUAAGGUGCCAUAUUUCCUACUUACACAACUAAGCAUAUUUUUAUGUCUGCAGUUGUUUUUCCUGUAUUCUGUUCAAGAAAUAAGCUAGAAACAUACUGUGAUGAAAAUAAUUUUUUGUUGUAAUAUUCAGUGGCAACUGCAUCUGUGGCUGCCUGGUUCAGUUGUGUUUGAUUUAGAAUGUAUUUUCCUCCCAAGUUUUGGUGUGUUUCGCUCUGGGGGAUUUAAUUUGUUUCUUCAUCUUUAUUCUGUAAUACAACAGCUAAUAAAGAUGUGAAAUGAUAAUAAA